CUGGGGCAUCACUCAGAUGGAAAUCAGAAGUUAAUCUCUUGUGAAUUUGCUAAGGGAGGAUGUAAAACAUGACUUCUUUCUCAGUUACACGUCCAGUGCCUAUAAUGUCACCAUCACUUAGAGUUGACAUUUAGUCGAGGAGUGUGCAGACUACAUUGGAGUGAGUGUGUGCACAGAUUCUGCACCUCAGGAUGGAUUUACUCCCGGGUGACGUGUUGUGUAUGGUUGGCUGGUGAAAUCGUGAUGCUGACGAGGUCGACUCUGCAUGCACCCCCUGCUGUGGUCGUGUUUCAGUGUACAGAUUUUUUGUCUUUCAGGGGGAUAAUGGUUUUUUUUGUUUGUGCAACUGAACGGGAGUGAAAGUAAACACCACGAAGAGAUCAGAGGAGAAAUGAGACUGGGAGGAGGGGAUGAAGGGGAGGGUGGAUGGGGGUUAGGCUGUUUGUGUGACAGGGGGAGAGAAACAGUCAGGAGGAGAAAGAAGAAGCAGAAAGGAGCCUGUGAGUGCGUUUGUUUCACCUUCUAAUCAGUUUUCCUCAGGGACAGAUCAGAAGCAGCAUCAGUGGAGGAAAGUGGAAAGCAAGAGACGGUGCUGUGACGUUGGAAACAUCUCCCAUCACAGAUACGAGCCUCAGACGAAUGAGAGAAAUGGACGCCCCUCUCGCCACUCCUUGCAACAUCCAGAUCUGUGAGGUGACCUGUGAUUCCUUCCGCAUCAUGUGGGAUAUGCCUCCAGAGGACACAGCCAGAGCGACGCAUUUCUUCAUCGACCUGAGCCGCAAAGAGAGCAGGGACCCGAACCGCUUCAAACACAGGGAUGUCCCAACCAAGCUGGUGGCUAAGGCUGUUCCUCUCCCCAUGGCAGUGAGAGGACACUGGUUCCUCAGCCCGCGGACAGACUACUGUGUUGCUGUUCAAACAGCCGUCAGGCAGCCGGACGGUGACUACUUGGUGUCAGAGUGGAGCCCGGUGGUGGAGUUCUGCACUGGAGAUUAUGCCAUGGAACACCUUCAGCAGCUUCUUGACAAGGCCAACGGUUCUGCUGGACGAUUGCUGAGAUUCUCUGUAUUCUAUCGCAAUCAACAUCCCGAAUACUUUGACUAUGUCAGGAGGGAAUGUGGAGGAUUGAUGCGUCCAGCACUUAAAGAUAGCAGCGGGAGCCAUGGCUCUCCAAUCAACGGCAAACUCCACGGAGUCUUCUUCAGCUGCAAUACAGAGUUUGACACGGGGCUUCCUCCCAAAGACUCUCCAUACGGCCCCCUCCGAUUUCAGAUUCCUGCCGGACAUCUGCUGAACCCAAACAUCUGCCUGUACUUUGCAGACUUUUACUGCAUGUACACAGCAUAUCACUAUGUGGUGCUGGUGCUUGCACCCGUUGGCACAGAGGGAGACGACUUCUGUCGCACCCGCCUCCCAAGGCUGGACUUGGCCUCCAACCCCUUUCUGACCUAUACUCCCCCCCAGAGGCAGGGGGAGGAGCCUGUGUUCUGCCACGCCAGUGAUGUGAUCCUGGAGGUGCUUUUUACAGAGCCGGUUGAUUUGAAUCAGGGAAGCGUGGAGCAGAUCACUGGCCACCACCAGCUCAUGAGUCUGACCACAGCCAAUGCCAAGAAAGAUCCAAGCUGCAAAGUGUGCAACAUCAGCGUGGGGCGCUGAGGAAAGCCUUGAAAUGCUUAUUCAAAUGUGCAGCACAAAAAGAACCACAACUAGGGAAAACAGCUGAGCAAAUUGUGGGCUUGUCGAAGACAAAAGCCUUUCUUGGAGUAUAAUGAAGCUGCUUCCCACCUCCCUUCCUACUUUAAGUAGAAGAGUGUUUAUGGACAGCCUCCUUGGAUAAUGUUUAGCAGCGAUCUGUCUGUGUGUGUUAGCUCACCCCAUCAUGUUUCUGUUUUUUUAUUUGAUGCACUAUGAAUAUGAUGCUUCUGUCUUUAAGAAAUGAGUUUUAUAAACAAAUAUAUCUCUAUAUAUUUAU